CAGUCAGUCACUCAAAGCUCUAAGUCUGAGCUCUAUCACCGCCAUUGCAAGUUUCCAACUGCCACUGAGUGUGGUUUGAGGAUGAGAAUUGCUUUAGUUUUAGCAGUGGUCUGCAUGCUGGGGAACCAGUGUGUGGCCGCCGCCGCCGCAGUGCAGCCGGAGACUGUCCAUUUCGACACCGGCGGCCUUAGCCGAGACAGCUUUCCGAAGGGUUUCGUCUUCGGAACAGCGACGUCGGCCUAUCAGGUGGAGGGAAUGGCCGAUAAGGAAGGCCGUGGCCCCAGCAUUUGGGAUGUCUUCAUCAAGAAGCCUGGAAUUGUUGCAAACAAUGGUACUGGAGAGAUUUCAGUCGACCAAUAUCAUAGAUAUCGGCAAGACAUUGACAUCAUGGCCAAGCUAAAUUUUGAUGCAUACCGCUUCUCAAUUUCAUGGUCCAGAAUUUUCCCAAAUGGAAAAGGGCAAGUGAAUUGGAAGGGAGUUGCAUACUACAAUAGGUUGAUUAACUACUUACUCAAAAGAGGUAUAACUCCUUAUGCUAAUUUGUAUCACUAUGAUCUUCCUCAAGCCCUGGAAGAAGAAUAUAAAGGCCUAUUGAGUGAUAGAGUAGUGAAGGAUUUUGCAGAUUAUGCAGAAUUUUGUUUCAAAACUUUUGGGGAUAGAGUUAAGAAUUGGAUGACGUUUAACGAACCAAGAGUCGUGGCAGCUCUAGGAUAUGAUAAUGGUUUUUUUGCUCCUGGGAGGUGUUCUAAACCAUAUGGAAAUUGCACGGCUGGAGAUUCGGGGACCGAACCUUACAUUGUUGCCCAUCAUUUGAUUCUUUCUCAUGCAGCUGCUGUUCAAAGAUAUCGUCAGAAGUAUCAAGAAAAACAAAAGGGAAGAAUUGGUAUUCUUUUGGAUUUCGUUUGGUAUGAACCUCUUACUCGUUCAAAGGCUGACAACUAUGCUGCUCAAAGAGCAAGAGAUUUCCACGUUGGAUGGUUUCUUCAUCCUAUUGUAUAUGGUGAGUAUCCUAGAACAGUUCAAGGAAUUGUGGGUAAUAGGCUGCCUAAGUUCACUAAGGAAGAAGUCAAAAUGGUGAAAGGCUCGAUAGACUUCGUCGGGAUAAACCAAUACACGACUUACUACAUGUAUGAUCCGCAUCAACGAAAAGCUAAAGUGCCUGGCUACCAACAAGAUUGGAAUGCAGGAUUUGCCUAUGAGAAGCAUGGAGUUCCUGUUGGUCCAAGGGCUCAUUCUUAUUGGCUAUACAAUGUUCCAUGGGGAAUGUACAAAGCAUUAAUGUAUGUAAAAAAGUACUAUGGAAACCCAACUGUCAUUCUAUCGGAAAAUGGCAUGGAUGACCCAGGUAAUGUCACCCUUCCGAAGGGACUACAUGAUACUACUAGAAUCAACUUCUACAAAGGCUAUCUAACACAACUGAAGAAGGCAGUCGACGAUGGAGCUAACAUUAUCGGGUAUUUUGCUUGGUCGUUGCUUGACAACUUUGAAUGGAGGUUGGGCUACACGUCGAGAUUUGGCAUUGUCUAUGUAGACUAUAGUAAUCUAAAGAGGUAUCCAAAGAUGUCUGCAUAUUGGUUCAAACAACUACUUGAAAGAAAGAAGCAGUGAGAGAGCUUCAAUCUCCACUGUUCUUAGUUUCUGCCAUGAGUUUGAUCCCCCAGAAAGCUUUAGUUCUUCAUGAGCUGUAAUAUUGUAUCUGUCUAUCUUCCUGCAAUUGUAAUCUUCUGGUAAAAAUGGACCAGUUCCAAUCUGAGGUGAUAUCUAAGCUUGUCAUCUUAAUGAAUAAAAUUGGUUAACUUUCUGAAAGAAAU